AUGACUACCUCGUUAACUAGGCACUGGGUACACGACCAUCAACUCCCACGCUGCUUCACCUCCUCGACUGUCAACCGCCCCAAACUGGGCGGACAUUUUUCCGAUGUCAUCGCCUCUCACUUCCACUCAUCGCCUCUCACUUCCACUCAUCGCCUCUCACUUCCACUCAUCGCCUCUCACUUCCACUCAUCGCCUCUCACUUCCACUCAUCGCCUCUCACUUCCACUCAUCGCCUCUCCUUCCACUCCUCUCGUCAAACGCCACGCCACGAGUGAGCCCUCGGAGGCUCAUCGCCGCCUCUCAUCCGCGCAUCACCUCUGGCAGCACUGCUGCCGAUGGUCCUUCCAGCCCGUCUCGCCACACCUGUUGAUUGCCAUGGGUUCGCAUUCCCACGGCACGGCUGUGCGGAGCCUCGUGCUCGCUGCACUGGCUGCUCUCAUGCUCUCAUCCUGUGCGCCCAGGGCUGCUGCCAUUCGCCAUUCGCACGGCCUGCUGACAGCUGCUUCAAGCACCGCCGCUGACCACUCGUGUGUGCGGCGGGGCUGCGGCGCCAAUGCGGUGUGCGUGAAGGACAGGGGCGUCGCCAGCUGCGUCUGCAACGUUGGAUUCGCCAUGACCCCCACCGGCUGUGCUGACAACUGCGCACUCAAGGCGUGUGGCGUCAACGGCAAGUGCAUCAAGGACAGUGCUGGAGUGGCGUCCUGCGUGUGCAACACUGGCUUCGUGCUGCAGGCUGACAAGACUACAUGUGCUGGUGCGUAUGUUAUGUGCUGA